GACAUUGUAAAGUUCCAACGCAUCCUUCAGUAUGUCCUCCACAGCUACCACCAAGAGGUGAAGAAAGUCAUAGAUGCAGCCCAAGGCAGCUGGGAGAGGUUUAAGGAGGGGAUGCAGAGGAAGUACCGCCUGGGAGACGGGUUGUUGACUACCGCGGAGCUUGAGGCGAUGAACAAAGAGGAUUUUACGACGAUAGGGGCCUUUGUCGAAGAAUUUAAGAAAAGGGCGCGGAAGGUCCAUGGGAUCUCGGAGGAAGCACAGUGCGCCAUCUUUCUGGGGCUACUCACGGCGUCGGAGGCCGUCGAGUUGACGAGACAUGGAGGAGGUAGCACCAAGCUCACCUGGGCCACCAUUGACAGAGGGGUGGAAGUUGGGUGUCUGGACCAGGUGGAGCAACGUCAGGUACGCCUGCAAAGGCAGAAGAGAAAGGAAAGAGAUGCGACCGCUUUUAGGACCCCGGGGGUAACAAGGAUUGUUACAAACGUAUUGGCACAGCUGGGGUAUGUGACAGAGCCGGCGGUGCAAAGGAGGGUAGUGACGACUGUCAAAAUGAAAGGAAAGGAGCCGGUGAUAGAAGAGGCCGUUGAGGAAGAACUCUGGGAAGAGGAAGAACCGGUGCCGCAACACCUGACGAAGGCCCAGCGCAAAGUGCGUAACUUGGCGCAGGGCGGUCAGGGAUCAGGAAAAGCGCAGGAGCCCCAGGCUUUGACAGCAACCCCUUCAAAUGUAGCGGCUCCGUCAUCUAGUACGGGCCCCUCGCAAGGAGGGGUGCCGUCCUACGGACAGUGGCCCUGGCCGGUGAUCAAUGCAAUUGUGCCAUGGGGAAGCCCGCAGCCAGUAGCCGGACCGCAAACAAAUGACGAGAAGAAGGAGGAAAGGAUGGAGCCUCCGUCCGUCUUAUUUGGGAAGAUGGAGGCCCUAUUGGAUAAGAUGGGGAGGUACCAACAGAAAUUGGUGGGCCUCUGCGAGGAAGUGAAGAGAUGGAGAUCUAACAUCCCCAAGGUGUUCCUCUAUGACUCCGGCCCGGAGUCAGCACCUGGGCGACCCGGAGUAAAUGUAGUGGGGUCGUGCCCACAAUCGGGAAUGAUGGGGAGGCCCCUCACCCCGCAGGCCCGGCUGACGCAGGCAGCACGAACGAGAAAUCAAGCCAGAGCUAGCGCCAGCCAAGAACCUCCAAGGAGGGAGCCGGAACCAGGAAAGAGGAAAGAGGCCGUGGAAGUGGAGGAUGACGAUGAUGAAGAGAAAGAAGACGAGAAGCUGCGCCAGGAAGAGGAUCAGAGAGCGGAGCAGCGGGCAAGGAAAAAGGGAGCCAGGGGAAAGGCCGAGCCGAUCAUACAUGACGGACCAACCAAAAAGAAAAAAUACGCGGUUCGGUUGGAAGAGGGAUUUGACGUAGAGAAAGUGAUCGACCGACUGUUGGAGGGGCAUAAUGACCUCAUGACCCUGAAGGAAAUCCUAGCGUCAGGCCCGCGGCUCCACGAUGAACUGAAGGGGAGAUUGUUGCGGCGCUUGGUGCCCAAUGUCCAUCUGGGCACGAUUCUGCCCAAGGAGGCAGAAUGGGCGGAGUCAGGCACGAAGAUGGAUUGGAAGUGCGUGGCCUGCGGCACGGUAGAUUUAGUGGUAAAAGGCUCCAAGUGUGCAGCAAUGGUGGACACCGGGGCGAAAAUGAAUAUCAUCCGGGAGGUGGACGCGAUCAGAUUCGGGCUGGAUAUAGACCGUUCUGACUGCGGUAUUCUGCACGGAGCCAGCUGCAAGGCCGUAUUUUGUGGGUUAGCCUCGCAUGUACUCAUCGAGGUUGGAAAAGUGAAGGUCAAGGCUUGUUUCUUCAUCAUGCCGGACGUGGAUCACGGAAUCCUCCUAGGGAGGUCGUUCCUGAGCAGGACGGAGACCGUGAUAUUCAAUAAGCAUGACGGGACGUUAAUCCUCCUCUUAUGCGAUCCUGCCUGCGGGAAUUACGAAAUAAUUACCUGCAGGAACACCGAGCCAAGGAGUAUAAGGAACCGGCCCAAUCCAGGAUCAUUAACGAUCGAGGAGUCGGAAGGGGAGCGCCGAAGGCUCCGGGCAGAGCCCGAAGCAGGAGAGAGGGUGGAAGCAUUUUCCCUCAGCUUGUCAGAUGUUGGGAAGGCUAUGGACCUGGUGGCCGCGCAUGAGAUGGCAGAUCCGGAUGCCAUCCAGGCCUUGAGGGAGGAAGUUCUGGAAUGCCCCGAGGCAGGAAGGUUGGAGUUGGUAUAUCGGCUCCCAGACAGUGGAGGGCACCCCGCCCGCAUCAGCGCAAACACAAUUUGUAAAUCGGUCUUUUUUAGGGGACGGCUCAAACAAGGUUCCCAAAGGCGGUACAAGACGGUAGACAAGAAGUACCGUCCGGUUCCCGUGCUCGUUACAGAGGACGAGGAAGCAUAUUAUGAGAGGGAACGAGGCUUGAUACGGCGAAUGAGGGAGAGUGCUAUAGCAGGGCCAUGUCGUAUCAACGAAGGGAACGAGGGGGAGUUGAUUAUAGGGGAACCCGACUUCCUACUGCCUCAAGAGCGAACAUUGAUGGUGAAAUUAAUGAAGAGGAGGCAUCACUCCUAUGAGUUUAGCGACGAGGAGCGUGGCAGACUGGAUGUGGACAAGAUACCUAUGAUCCGCAUCCACACCCGAGAGAGAGGGCUGGGCGAUGAGGGGAGACGUGCGGGGAAGGAAGUGAUAGAGGUUGGAGAGGACACGCCUCCACAGACGCCAGCGGUGGGUUUGAGACUUGGGGAUGCACCAGGGAGCACUCGCCAGGCGGGGGAGAGGUUGCAGAGAGAGGAGGCCCCAUUACCUUUAUCAGAAAAGACUCCUUCGCCAGAAGAUAGGGCAGAAAGGAGGAGGGAGAGGGCAGCUGUAAGGAAAGAGGCCUUGACCCURAUUGACAGGCAUCUAGCAGCUUAUGCCCUGGAGCACCCAGACCUGGGGGAGCCAGCACCUGCAGAGCCACGCCAGGAGCCAUGCCAGCCCGAGAAAGAGAUGGAAGCGGAGAUCCCAAAGAGGGUCGACCUCCGCACGAGGGAAAGGGCGCCAGUUGGAGAGACGGUUGAAGAAAAGAGGGCGAGAAGAACCAGGCGGAUAGAUGAGAUAUGGCAAGAGAGGCAGAGGUUGGAGGCAGCGAGGGAGCUUCCGGAGCAGCAACAGGAAAGGCAGAGAUCGGAGGCAGCAGGAGCACUCCCAGGUAAGCCACCCAUCGCGCCAGCUAAGGCCCCGGAGAUCCCUGAGAUGUGGAGGGACUUCUGGGAGCGAAGAGGAGAGGAGCUUCCCUCGCCAGUCAGAGCCGGGUUUGGGGUGGCCAGGAAGACGGAAGAGAGGUUAGAUCGCAAAAUCAAGUUCCUGGCCAAGACAACUUUUGACCGACACUUGUUAUUGGAGAGCGAUCUUGCAGGAAGGAAGAUGAAGGAAGCAAGCCAUGGAGUACGCCUGGAGGCUAUGGAGGUGGUAAUCCAGGAACUUAGGGCAUUGGUGGCCAGCCAAGCAGCUAUCAUCGAGAGCCUGAGGCAGCAAACCCAGGGAAAGGUGGACAGGCCAGAGAGAAGCCGUCAGGGAGAGCAGAGGCAGCCAAGACAGGGAUUGCCAAGACAGCCAUCUCCGGCAGAGCCUCGCCAGGAGCCACCUAUGGGGAGGAUUAUCCUGGAGCCAGAUGAGGCGAGAGCCCAGAGACAGGCGGAGAGAGAGGCUCUGCCGCACAGGCGGAGAGAGAGGCAUUCGAGUUCAGAGCCCCUACCGAGCUCGCGACACUGCCAGUAGCAGCAUCGGGCGCAGUCGUACCUUUGGCAGUAGAGGAGGGGCUGCCACCGUCUAGCAGUGAAACGGC